AUGGCCAAGAUCUCCCAGCCACAGCCACAGGCUGCGGUUCAGACCGUCACCGAGGCGCCCGUGUUGGUGGAGCAGUCCACCGAGUCCCCCAUAGCGGAUAUGGCCCUGAUUGAGGAUGCACCCAUGGCGCCAAAGAGCCCCACGGAGAAGCCGCCGGUGGCUGUGGAGGUCGUGGAGCAGCCGCAGCAGCAGCUGCAGCAGCCCAAGGCCGAGGAGAAGGCCGCCGUUCAGCCCCACACAGUGGCGGACUUCAUCAUCCAUCCACUGAUCGCGUUCAAGCCACGGCAGUCGGCGCUCGAUGAGCUGCAGGGCAAACAGGCGAAUACCGGCGGCAGUUCCUCCCCCGCCUCGCCGGGCACCUGGCUGUUUGGCAUGAAUCCCGCCCAGGGUCUGGGCUCCUCCUUCUCCACGCUGGCUGGCUCCGUGUCCGGCUGGUUCAACGAUCGCCUGGCCGCCGCCGGCCAGCAGCUGCCCGGCCUGGUGGACACACCCGUGCGGGAGUCCACCACCACCAGCAGCACCACCAGCUCCACAACGACUCAGCGUCCCGAUGUUGUGGUCCGUCUCCAGCAGCGUCCGCAGCGGGGACAGCGUCCAGCCAAUGGCAAUGGCAACCGGAAUGGCAAUGGCAAUGGCAAUGGCAAUCGUCGCCAGCGUCCCAAUCGUUUCAACGAUCGGCCCAACAACAGCAACAACAAUCGGCUGGACGACUCGUUCGAGGAUGACUACUACGACGAGGAUGACUACUUCCAGGGCAACCGCUUCGACGAGGAGUUCGACGACGAGGAGGCCGAUGACUUGGCCCUCAACGACGAGCAGUCCCUGGAGCAGUUCGAAGAUGAGGACGAGCAGUCCGUCGAGCAGCAGCAGCAGAAGCGUCGCCCCCAGCAGCAGAAGCCGCGCCGCAAGCAGCAAUCGCAGCAGGUCAGCUCUCAGCGCAAGAAGGUCACCCAGCAGGAGUCAGUGGCUCCUGCCCCAACGAAGCGUCGCCAGCAGCAGGCACAGAGCAAGCCCCAGCAGCAGCAGCAGCAGCAGCAGGAGGAUGAUGAUGAGGAGGCCGAGGAUGAUGAUGAGGAGGAGGAGAACGACAACGAAAACGAUAGCGAUAGCGAGAACGAGAACCAGAGUGUGGACGAUGACAGCGAGGAACAGUUUGUGGCAGUGCCAGAGCCGGCAUUGUUCGGUCAGUCGGGCACGCGUCGCUCCCAGAACCAGCCCAACUUCAUUCAGCGCGGCCAGCAGAGCCUGAUCAGCCAGAUCCGGCAGUUCACCCGUGGCCAGAGCCCCGGCGAGCUGGGCACCGUGCUCCGACGCACCUCCCAGUCGGGCGGUGGCUCCGCCGGUGGGUCCCUGAAGGCGCGUCGGCCCCAGCAGACGACACUGCUCGUCAACCGCAACGGACAGACGGUGUACGUGGCCCCAGAGCUGCUGAAUCUCGGCGCCGCCUACCCGUACGCCUACGUGCCCAGCCAGGCCAAGAAGCAGCGCGUGCCCGUGGGCGCCUACCCCCAGCCGCCGCUCACCGUGCCCAUCCGGCGGCAGGGACGGCCCACGCAGUACAUCACCAUUCCGUGGAGCCAGCUGGGUCUGUCGCCGCCCGAGCAGCAGUCGAUGGUCUCCCUGGCCGAGGGCAUCCAGGCCCAGCCGCUGAUCCUCAACAUUCCCCAGAGCGCCAUCAAUCCGGUGCGUGGCUCAGCAUCCGCCACCCAGCAGCAGCAGCAGCAGCAGCAGCAGAAGAGGAAGAAGCGUCCCCAGCUGACGGCGUCGGCGGUGCCCCUGCUGGCCGAAGCCUCGCUGAUGGACAUCUUCCAGCCACCCCAGAUCCCGCCCUCCCGCACCGGCUCCACCAACAAGCCCAUCGCCAACCAGCCCGUGCUCAUCGCCGCCAAGCCCGUGAAGGCCGCCGGCAACUCCGGAGCCGCUCUCCUGCCCACCCGCAUCCGUCCGGGCACCAUCGUGGAGAAGGCGCCCGCCGUCGAGGCCAUGGCCAGCGAGAUGCAGCCAGCGAGCGUGGAGGCCGGCGAGCAGAAGCAGAAGGAGAAGGAGAUGAUGGUGCCGCUGGCCGUUUCCACGGAGGUGCCCCUGGCUGGCGCUCAGGCCAGUCAGGACCAGGAAUUCAUCCUUGUCGGCGAUGACGAUGAGCCGGGUCUGACGCGCCAUGUGCAGCCCGCCUACGGAGAUGCCCGCUAUGUGGCCUAUGGCGACUUCCAUCCCUACUUCGAUCUGCUGCACCAGAACCGUCGCUUUGCCCUGCGCAAGAGCGGACGCUCCCUGGAACCACAGACCGAGCAGAAGUUGGUUGAGCAGGCUGCCAAGGGGGAGCAAACGAAAGAGGAGCCCAUCAAGGAGGUAGCCAAGGAGGAGCCAGCCAAGGAGGUAGCCAAGGAGGAGCCCAUCAAGGAGGUAGCCAAGGAGGAGCCAGCCAAGGAGCAAGAGCAACCAGCAAAGCAGGAGGAGCAGCUCCCAAAGGAGGAACCGAAAGCCGAGUCCGUCGCAUCCGAUAAAGUCUCCGUCUCCGAAUAA